AUACGCUCUCUUCAUGACCUAUUUUGGCAUUCGAGUGUAGUCAGUGCGCGAGAGUCCCUGUUUCACGACCUUUAGUUUUGUCUACGAUAUAAGAGAAUAUUCUCUUAUAGUGAGAUAUUGUUUAAGAGAAUUCUCUCUUAUACCGUAGCCAACACGAUAUAACAGAAAGCCGGAUUUAAGAGAGUGAAAUUGGCUUGUACCGACCCUCUCUUAAACCGUAGCCGCUGCUGGAAAAGGGAGACCGGUUCUAGAACUGUUUCGGCGAGACCAACCGAAAGAACAAAAAAACGAAAAAAAAAAAAUAGUUCGUCGACACAUCUUUCAAGAUAAGCGAUGCGGCGCAUCCUGUUUCACCAUGAACAUCGACGACUCAUGCCUUGUUCUCCACGGCAAUCGACUCCGCUUGGUCGAAUUACAUACAGAGGACACCACUCUCGAGGUCCUCAGCCCUAAACUCCAACAUCUACGGCCGUGCCGACUCGGGCCUGGCCGUGGCUCGUUGCAGUCUCAUGCUUGUAGACCGCAUAAUCCACGUCCGCGGGGAAAAGAGGGUAGUAAGGCAGCACCGGAAGAAGCACAACCGCGGGAUACUGCUAACCUCCUGGCUGUUAAAGAAGGGUACCACGAAGGCAGCUGGCAGUAAGUUGUCCUCUGUAGUUGCUGAUGAAGAUCAGCUCCGCGAAAAGGGUAGAGAGCAUGCUGAAGCCAUCCAAGAACGAGCAUCAAAGCGCGGCAACCAACAGGCUGCCGCUGCUGCUGCUGCUGCUGCUUCGGGGAAGGGGAAGCGCAAGGGGGCGGACGUAGCUCUCUCCGACCCUCUAGCAUUGGCUCACGAUGGCGGGACGAGAAGCGGGGCUACCCCAGAGGCUUCGCGCGAGGAACAGGCUUCGGAGGAGCGUCGCUCUAGCGCGCUGGAGUUGAUCCAGAAGGACCACGUGUUGAUGGAGCGAGUACGGGCCAUGCUGGGGGCGAGCGCUGCAGACCAGGCAGCAGCUAAGGAGGCGGCGGUCAACGCGGCGAACACUCGCGCGCUCCGUGCCUCGCUCCAAGCGCUGAAGCGGCACAGCAACAGCUCGAUAGGGUGGACCGCGUACACGACAGCGCUCGCCACAGCAGCGGGAGCGGGGGAGCACACGUGUCCUGACCCCAACCUGUGCCCCCCUGGCAACCGGUGCAAGCCCGCUGAGCCUGGUGGAGUGAGCUUUGCCGAGCGAGCCAAGAGUCUCGGCAUUCGGUACGAGACUUUCAGCGACGCACGUGUGCGGAUGCACAACACGAACCACGACAUCGCCCCCAGGGACGCUGUGAGUGACGGGUGCUACGUGUAUAACGAGCGCAAGACACGGAGUGACGUGACGAAUCCCGAGGUAAUGGCUCUCGCCAAGGCUUUUUGGCACUCCGACGACGUUUCCCGUGCAACAGGAAAUUCAGGCAAGUUGCUGCGUCGCGCACGAGUUUCUGCUAGGCUACGCCGCGGAGGCGGACAAGGCGCGUGAAGGCCACUUCACAACCUGGUCCCCUUACCGGAUCAAGAGCUUCGAAGUCAGGAAGUUUGGCCCCAAGGAAUUCCUCGCCCACCGAUAGAUCUGACGGGGAUCCCUGGAAGUUCCAAGCUAUACUUUUUCACGGGAACAGAGGAGGAGCAGGAGGAUGUGCAGGAUACCUGUAGUCUUGUGUGGGCUACAAGUGUGGGGGUGCAGACAGACGAUUCUGGGGUGGAAGCGGCCGGAGGUAAGGUGUUGACGGCUAGGAAGUGGGUGGUAGACGAGUCCAGGGCGAGGAAAUGGACCGCCCCCAAGAACUUCACCAGAUCUUGGAAGUUGCGGGUUCGGGGCGCGUCGUGCUACUGCUCGACUUGCCGAGUAGGCUGCUACGAUGACUGCAUGGUAGCGAAGGUGUACCCCGACUUGGUUGGCAAGGUGAUGGAGAAGUCGGGAAAGGAGAAGGUUGGGAGACGCACGUUUGGGACUCAAUUGACCGGCGGUAUUGUUCCGGUGAUAUCUUCGGACGAGUCUCCUGUGGCGCCUACUCCCAACCCCAUGCCUAGGAGGAGGAAGAGGAUGAGGAGGAGGACGGGGAGGAGGGGGAGGACGGGGAGGAGGAG